CUGUACUAACUGGGCUCACACAGACUCAUAUUUUGAGAAACUGUGUUAAAUAUUAUUGUACUUUCCACCACCACGUCCGAAGCAACACAUUGGCAGACACCCCCAGCCCAUUUUCUGCGAGCACGACCGGACGGAGUCGACUUUUCCCGAACUUGCCGGACACUCCACUGCGGCUGCGUCACUCUUUUGUGAACCGCAAAGAUUAUACCUAGCUAACGCGAAAAUGGACGACAAACUUUCCAAGCGGAUGAACAGCGACGCCUUCAAAAAGCAGUAGACGCAUUUUAAGAUUAAGAAACGGUGGCGUGAACAGGACACUCCGUGAAAACAUCCGGUGUUUACCCUGACUGUACUUUCCACGAUACAGUAAGUUAGCUAAGGCUAUUUUAGCUUGCUAACGCUGAUCACUCGCAAUAAACAAGGGCAGCUUCUUUAAAACCUGCUUCGCUGACUUUUUAUCCUUCGUGCAUGACAGCUCGGCUGUGCAGCCCAGUCAGUGGUGCAUUUCUGAAAAGACGGGACCUUUAACUCACCUGUACGAGUGUUUCGCAGGUAAAUGUGUCUGCUUUUUAUUUGAUAUAUUUCCUCGGAUGGAUGUCAGAGCAUAGCCACAUCACCAAACAUUCCCGGAAACAAAACUUCCUCUGCUCUGAUUGGACAGCCGGGAUCUGUGUAUGUAAGGGACUGUCUGCAAAUUUCAAGGCGUCUACUCCAUUCUAGGGAGUAUCUGAAUAAACAUACUUUUAAAAAAAAACGAAAAAUGAUCCCUUGAGCAAAAAUACACAAUAUUUAAUUUCAGCAUUAUACUGAAGCAUACUGAAGACAGUAUAAGGAUGGCAGGACAUGACCAAAGAGUCAACCUGAUCAUCAACCAUGGCAGGCAGCUGGGGAGGAGCCUGCUGCUGCUGGCUCACUAUGCCACAGUGUUUGUGGCCUUCGUGGGGCGCAGUGUGGAGUGGAUGGUGGAUGCAGUGAAGUGGACCACCCUGUUUGCACGCUACACAGUGUCAGUGUUUGACUCCAUCUACAGACAUCUGCACUGGGGAAAAAGUAAAAGUGGUGGGGCCGCCAGAGAGAUCUGCCCGAGCUCUGACAUGGAACCACAUUGACUUCAAGUAUCUUAUGACUGUCCAACAGUGUUGUCUAGACAGGAAGCCAAAUUAAGACAACAACAAAGAAUGCAACUGAAGCUGAAGGAGUGAACUUUUGGAAAUAUGAAAAAAUGCUGCUGGAUGAAGAAGGAAAAUGAGGCCUUACUGAAGUCAGAAACAUUAUAGCUUUUUACUUUUUUAAGCUCUUAAAACAUAACAUAUUUGUCUUAAUAGUGUCAUAUUUGUAUAUGUAGUUAUAAUGUUGUAUUCCAUGUUUUGUUAUUGUCAGGAAAAGCUCUUCCAAAACAUAGGAAACUAUAUUUCAGGCUAUUUGUCAUACACAGUGGGGGAAAACCUGAUUGCCACUCAUCAUUUAUACUUGCUGAUACGACUGUUAAUGCAAAUGUGUUGCAGGGUAAUGCAAACUACAGUCAAAUACGUUGGAAGCAUACAGACUGUAUGCCUUUAACAUAUUACAUUACUGCACUACAGGCAAAUUUGUUUUUUAACAUCUGUGCCUGCCUGAAACAUAAACAUAAUAUUUCAUUUUGCUCUAACAUAAUGUAAACCGGCGUUGCAUGAAUUAAACUCAUGCAAUGAACAAUGUUCUACCACACUGGCUACACCAGUUACCUGUGGAGAUGCUGCUUCUUGUGGUUUUCCUGUGAUAGACUGAAACGUAUACGUCCGUUGUACAAGUUUUUAUGGCCAGAAAGAAACACUAACACUACUGCUGAAUGUACUUCAGAGGCAACUAAUUUGAGUUUUUUACAUGUCCUGGAAAUUUGAUUUGUGAAAUGUUGCUUUAAAAUGACCCCACAACUGCAUUUACCAGUGAAGGUUUUAUUUUUACUUUUGUACUCAUGCAUAAUAUUUUAAUUUGUUUGCACAUUUAGACUUCAGUUGAAGCACUGACAUGUAUAUAUCUGUGUUAUUUGUCUUUUUUAUUACAUAUAACAUGUUAAUGAGUUGUAAGAAUGCCCAUUAACCACACUCAUAGCUGCUGAACACAACUAAUACAAUAAUGCUUUCAAAUGUGACUAUGAGAUACUGUAAUAAAAACAAAGGGGCCACAUCUAGGAAGUGAGAUUUAAUCUCACAUAUAAGCACUUAGACAUGGUUGCAGAAUUAAUGUCCUUGUUUCUGGGAGAUCAGAAAGCUUUCUCCUGUGUUAUAUUAAUUUCACUUACUCAAACUCUAAUGUUUAAGUGACUAUACCAAUCAGCUGUGGCUCCUGCCUUCUUGGCUUUAAACAGUGGUAUCCAAAUAAAAUUAUGUACCAAAUGAUGUUUUGUUUAUUUGCAGAAUCAAACACAAAUAGAGCUCUUUUUUUAGAUGAUUUUAUUAUUCUUUUAAUAUCUAUAUAUGGACUGUCCGUCACAGUUUUCCAAAGUCCAAGGUGACAUCUUCAAAUUGCUUGUUUUUUCUGACCAAUGAUUCAACAUUGAUGAAACUGUAAAGUUAAUCCACCGGGUCUUCACAUCCUCAGAUGGUGGGGGAAGAUGGUGACAGCGAAAAUAGACGAUUCACUAGGUAUUCUGGGGGCGGGGAUGGUCACGAGCUGGAGGUGGUGCUCUGGUCAACAAAGCCCCGUGGGACAUCACACGGAGGCAUUUUGGAACAGAGAUUUUCUGAAAGGUGAAGCAAGAAAAAAAGACAGGACAGUCUUUCUCUCAUCUUCUCAUUCUCACUUUGGGCACACCGGGGACACAGAGUAGUGUUGAAAAGCCAUGAAAAAGUGCUUUUUGCACAACACGACCUUUAAGAAUCUAAUAAUAUAUAUUAUCAUUGAUGGACAUUUUGUUAUGUAACAAGAACUUUUACUUUUGAUACUAUAAGUACAUUUAACUGAUAUAUAAUAUAUAUUGAGUAUUUCUACAUUGUUGUUUUGGUACUUUAAUUUAAGUAAAAGACCUGAGCACAUGCUGAGUUAAGUGUAUCCCAUCAGCUCAGGAGCAUGACUGUGAUGGAUGUCCCGUGUCUCCACGUGAGGGAUGAAAGCUGUAUUGUGUUUGUCAGCAGUUCUUGAUGUAAAGGUGGACGGAAACGGGACUGUCAUCCUACCCCUCUAAUGGGCUGAUUAAGCCGAUCAUCUACAUGUCUGCAUGGAUUACAGCUAGUGAUUAGACCAAAGGAGGACACAAGAGGGGAGUGGGACUGCCUCAUCCUCAAACACAGACAGCUACAAAAGGCCCCAACCAGCAGCUCCUCUCACCCUAAGUCCCAUUGUUGUGUGACUGUGAAGAGGAAUAACCUCCGCUUCACAGUAGACCAAUCGGGCUGAGAGGUUUGUGCACCAGCUGCAAAAGGCUCCAGCUGCCUCCUACACACACUCAGGUGUCAGAAAGACAUGGGUAACUCAACAGGAUGCACCGUGGACGACCUGCAGGCGGUGGAGAUGCACCUCUGGUACAAGAAGUUCAUGACCGAGUGCCCCUCGGGUCAGCUCACCCUGCACGAGUUCAAGCAGUUCUUCGGGCUGCGAGGGUUGGACCCCGAGGCCAACGCCUACAUAGAGCAGAUGUUCCGCACGUUUGACAUGAACAAGGACGGCUACAUAGACUUCAUGGAGUAUGUGGCCGCGCUCAGUCUGGUGAUGCGAGGAAAGAUGGAGCACAAGCUGCGCUGGUAUUUCAAACUUUAUGAUGUGGAUGGCAACGGCUGCAUUGACCGACAUGAGCUCCUUAACAUCAUAAAGGCCAUCCGUGCAAUCAAUGGAAAUGAAAAUCAGGACUUAUCUGCUGAGGAGUUCACUAACCGAGUGUUUGACAGGAUUGAUAUAAAUGGAGAUGGCGAGCUUUCCUUGGAAGAGUUUGUGGCCGGUGCUCGCACUGAUGAGGAUUUCAUGGAGGUGAUGAUGAAAAGUCUGGACCUCAGCCACAUUGUUGCCAUGAUCCACAACAGGAGGCACAGCGUUUAGGACCUGCCCAGCCGACUGCCUCAUCCUCAUUCAUGAUAUAAACCAAGAGCUCAGUGUUGCCUCUGGUAAAAAAAGUAAUUUAUAGACUAAGAUUUCUAUUGAGAUUAAAUCCAGUUUAAUAUAAUGCCAGUGUACCGCAAACACUGACAUUUCUUAUUUUUAAUCUCUGAAAGAGAGACACACAUGCACUUUCAAUGCAUUUGGAUGACUCAGUCAACCUUUGCAAACUGGUCAUUGUAUUUGUUUAAUGCUGCUGAGCUCUCCCAAGGGCACCUUGGCAUAGGGAUGAUCUCUCAGACAGUCCACCUACCCACAGAUACCCAGAGGAAUAAAAGAGGGAGAUAGUGAAGUAGAGUGGCAAUUAUAUGCACUCAAUGCUUUCCCAGUCUUUUUUUUUCUCCUUGGUCUGAGUUCCUCUGCAUCAAAUUACUCAACUUUCUGUUUACCCGUUCUUGCCUGUGGGGUUUACGGGAGGAGGUUAUGACUCCACAGUGUGCUUAAAAUCUAUGCUAAUUUGAAGUUAAAUCUGUAAUACAGGAACAAGUAGGGUGCAGAUACAAUUUUCUAAUGUUUACCUUUUUUUAAAAAUGUUUUUAACGUUUUUUUUACCUUUUGAAAUAAUUCAAAUUGAAGCAAAAGACAAAACACUGGCUUGAGGUUUUUUAGCAACUUUGUGAGUGGGUGUUUCUUUGGCUGUGUGAUCUGCUGCCUGUUCAGCAUAAAUACAGAUAUAGUUCACCGUUUCUUGUUUGUUGGCGAUGUUUGACUGGUGCCUUCUGUUGGAAGAUGGCAGUAAGUGUUUUUUCAGCUUUUGCUUAUUUGUACAAUAAAAAUGAACAAUUUAAGUCUA